CUAAUAUACAUUACCUACCAGAAUUUGUCGAAAGCACAGGUCAGAAAACAAAACCCUACUGAGCUGAGCUCCAUAUCUCCACUUUUCUUCAAUGGGCACGAAGCGAAAAUCAUCAACUUCAACCCCAAAAUUCCAACCUGAAGAACAAAAACGUAAACUUGAACUUGAAUCUUCAUCCUCCGAACAAGAAGAAGAAGAAGAAUCUGAAUACGAACCCGAGGCCGCACCCGAAUCCGAAUCAUCAUCUUCUGAAGAAGAAGAAGAGAGCGAAGACGAGGCGACAAAGCGACAGAGUGUUCGGAAACUUCUAGAACCUUUCACUAAAGACCAAAUAAUCCAGCUAUUUAAAACGGCCGCUUCAAACGACCCAUCAAUUCUUUCUCGGGUCAAAACCCUAGCCGAUACCGACCCGACUCACCGUAAAAUCUUUGUUCACGGACUCGGCUACGACACAACUUUGUACCAACUUCACGCUGCCUUCGAACCCUACGGCGAAAUAGAAGAGUGUAAACUGAUUACUGAUAAAGUUACCCAAAGAGCUAAAGGAUACGCCUUUGUGCUAUUCAAAACCCGAGUCGGGGCAAAAAGGGCUUUAAAGGAGCCCCAGAAGAAGAUUGGGAAUCGUAAUACCUCUUGCCAACUGGCAGCCGUGGGACCCGCUGGGGCUGGUUCAGAUUCGGUGGAGAAUGCUACUAAUAGUAAUGCAAAUCAUGUUAUACAGCAAAUUGAUAGUAUGAAUUAUGGUUUUGGAAUGAGUCCUGGGAUAUUGAGUGGCGCGAGUAUGAACGGGUUGCCCCUUUUGAUGGGGCAAAACAUGGGCUUUGGAGUGAAUCCUAUGCUGGGAUUAAGCCAGGCUGGUUUAGCUGCAUCGGGAUUUAAUCCUUCGUUCGCAGGGAUUGGUGCUGGUUAUGGUUUAAAUAGCAUUAAUCCGGGCGUUAUAGGUAGUAGAUAUGGUGCACAACCAGCUUUGCAGGGAUUAGGGACUUACCCGAGUGCGCAAAUCGGGCAGCAUUCAUUUGGAGGAACAGCAGCAAUGACAACAGUAACUACACCUGCAAAAGAUUCCUCUGGCAUUGGGUCAGCAGGGGUGACCUAUCCCUCGUAUUUGGGCCGUUAGGUAAUCUGUUUUGAGCUUGAUUGGACUUGAUCCCCUGUAGUAAUGAUUUAUAGUAUGGUCCAUUUUCUUUUUUCUUAGAUGUUUUAUUUGUUGAAAUCAGUAUUUGAAUAUAUAUUUGGCUCUGCUUUCUUUUAAUUCGACUCUAUUGCUCAGCGUAUAUCAUGGUUGUCAAAUUAGUAUCUUUGAAACUAUAUGUUUAAAUGAUUGAGAUACCUUAA